CAUCAAGAUAACAACAAAGUUAAAGGGGAUAUGCUUGGAAUUACAACAUGGUAUGAGAACAAAGUUUUAUGUAUUUUUUACUCGAACAAGAGUAAAUAUAUUGCAAGAUGAUAGUUCAAGCUGAUACCCUACAGAGGGAGGAUGCAGUCACGUGACUGUAACUGCUUCCUCCCUAUGACAUCAUUGCUUUUGCAGCCAUACCAGUAACGAAAGGAUGCUAUCAAAAUCUGUGGGACUGGGCUAAAUGAUGUUGCUUUGCAGAUACUAAUAUGGUUAAUGCAGGAGACAUGAAUGGUUCUGGCAAUCUGAUGGAUUUCCUGGAUGAGCCUUUCCCUGAUGUUGGGACAUAUGAGGACUUCCACACCAUUGAUUGGCUGAGAGAGAAAUCGCGUGACACUGACAGACAUAGGAAGAUUACAAGCAAAAGUAAGGAAUCCAUCUGGGAGUUCGUCAAGAGUUUGUUGGAUGCCUGGUCAGGAUGGGUUGUAAUGCUUCUCAUAGGACUACUGGCAGGCACGUUAGCUGGAGUUAUAGAUUUAGCUGUAGACUGGAUGACAGAUCUGAAAGAGGGUGUCUGCUUGUCUGCAUUCUGGUACAGCCAUGAGCAGUGCUGCUGGACAUCUAAUGAAACCACAUUUGAUGACAGGGACAAAUGUCCCAAAUGGCAGAAAUGGUCCGAGCUUCUGGUAAACCAGUCUGAGGGUGCAAGUGCUUACAUUCUAAACUAUUUUCUGUACAUUAUGUGGGCUCUAUCUUUUGCUUUCCUGGCAGUCUCCCUGGUCAGGGUGUUUGCUCCUUAUGCCUGUGGUUCUGGGAUUCCAGAGAUAAAAACCAUCCUGAGUGGUUUCAUUAUUAGGGGCUACCUGGGGAAGUGGACGCUCUUAAUCAAAACAGUCACCUUGGUUCUGGUGGUGUCUUCAGGCCUCAGCCUCGGCAAAGAAGGUCCUUUAGUGCAUGUGGCUUGUUGCUGUGGUAACUUCUUCAGCAGCCUCUUCUCAAAGUACAGCAAGAAUGAAGGAAAGAGGAGAGAGGUGCUUUCAGCUGCAGCUGCUGCAGGAGUCUCUGUUGCUUUUGGUGCUCCAAUUGGUGGUGUACUUUUUAGCCUGGAAGAGGUUAGUUAUUAUUUCCCCCUGAAAACACUCUGGAGGUCAUUUUUUGCUGCUCUUGUGGCUGCCUUUACUCUGAGGUCCAUCAAUCCGUUUGGAAACAGCCGACUGGUUCUUUUUUAUGUGGAGUACCACACCCCCUGGUAUAUGGCUGAACUUUUCCCAUUCAUUCUGCUUGGGGUCUUUGGAGGUCUGUGGGGGACGCUCUUUAUCCGUUGCAACAUUGCAUGGUGCAGGAGGCGUAAAACAACCAAGCUUGGGAAGUAUCCUGUCCUAGAGGUCAUUACGGUAACUGCUAUCACUGCCAUCAUCGCCUAUCCUAAUCCAUACACCCGGAGGAGCACCAGUGAGCUGAUCUCUGAGCUUUUCAAUGACUGUGGCGCUCUGGAGUCCUCACAACUCUGUGACUACAUUAAUGACCCAAACAUGACCAGGCCUGUAGAUGACAUCCCUGACAGACCUGCUGGCUUCGGAGUCUACACUGCAAUGUGGCAGCUGGCCCUGGCUCUGAUUUUUAAAAUUAUCAUCACAAUAUUUACUUUUGGCAUGAAGAUCCCUUCAGGCCUCUUUAUUCCCAGCAUGGCUGUGGGAGCCAUGGCUGGUAGAAUGGUUGGAAUUGGAGUAGAGCAGCUGGCUUACCAUCAUCAUGACUGGAUCAUCUUCAGGAACUGGUGUAGACCAGGAGCGGAUUGUGUCACCCCAGGACUUUAUGCUAUGGUGGGAGCUGCAGCAUGUCUAGGUGGAGUUACCAGAAUGACUGUCUCCCUGGUGGUUAUUAUGUUUGAGUUAACCGGAGGCUUGGAGUAUAUUGUACCCCUAAUGGCAGCAGCUGUGACCAGCAAGUGGGUAGCAGAUGCCUUUGGGAAAGAAGGGAUCUAUGAGGCACACAUCCACUUGAAUGGUUACCCAUUUCUGGAUGCUAAGGAUGAGUUCACACACCGAACACUAGCAACAGAUGUCAUGAGGCCUAGGCGUGGUGAGCCUCCACUCUCCGUUCUGACACAGGGUAGUAUGACAGUGGAAGAUGUGGAGACAUUAAUCAAAGAGACCGAUUACAACGGCUUUCCAGUGGUGGUUUCCAAAGACUCGGAGCGUCUCAUUGGUUUUGCACAGAGACGGGAACUGAUUCUUGCAAUAAAGAACGCAAGACAGCGUCAGGAUGGGGUGGUGAGCAAUUCUAUCAUGUAUUUCACUGAAGAUCCACCAGAGCUCCCAGCCAACAGCCCUCACCCAUUGAAGCUACGGCGCAUUCUCAAUUUGAGCCCUUUCACAGUAACUGACCACACGCCAAUGGAGACUGUGGUAGACAUUUUUCGGAAACUUGGACUCAGACAAUGUCUUGUCACACGCAGUGGAAGGCUGCUGGGUAUCAUAACUAAAAAGGAUGUGUUAAGACAUAUGGCUCAAAUGGCAAACCAGGACCCUGAAUCUAUCAUGUUUAACUAGACUGGUAACAGAAGAAUGGAAGAAAUAACCUUGAAGGAAUCUCUCCUAGAUCAACACAAAGGCUGCAUACAGUAUUUUGUUUUGUUUAAAGAGAAAAAUAGAGUGUAUGAGGAGUGGCCCAGAACUAAGUAUAACAGAGCAGUUUAGAUGCAGGAUGAGACUUAUAUAAUCAGAUAGUCAGGUUAGACACUCUCUAUAGCUGCAAACAUCGGGCUAUAUUUCUUCAAUGAGUUUCCUAAUAGCUCUGCUGGUAUGUGUGAUAUGGUUGAAGUGGUACAGGUUAAAGUGAUAUGGUUUGAAGAUAAGGAGCCAGAAGUACUGGAGAACACACCAACGUUCACACUAACUUAUUAGACAGGUGCGAAGACUAGCAGAUAUUUAUAAAUAAGUUAGAAACAGCUGUAAACCUGUGUUCUAAACUAGAGAACCAAGCAUGUAUGAUUCAUGUUGAUUUAUUUGUUACUGAUGUUAUGGUUAUUUAUUUGCUACUGAAUUAUACUAAAAUAUUUUCAUGGAAAAAACCCAUCCCAUUUAUGGAGAAGUUUGUCAUCUUCAUUUAUUUUGGUAAAAGUUCAUUGAGACUGGAGUGGAACUCAAGCUGUGGAAUACACUUCUGUUCACUUUAAACUGCCUGUCCUUUGUUUCCUGCUUUAAGCCAUUCAGUUUUACUCAGUUUAGCAGUUUUCUCAAUCAGCUCUCCUCUGUUAUUUUUAAAAUGCAGAGACUAAUUUGUAAGGAUUCAUUAUUUCUCUAUGCAAAAAUUGGCAAAUUGAUACUGUAAUAUUUAGUAUGAUGUAGUUUGCUAUGACUAUGGGAAAAGUAUAAAAAGCUCACGGGGGAGAUUUUCAAAGGCACAAAGGACAAUUAGGUGCCCAACUCUCACUGAAAUUCAGUGGGAGUUAGGCACCUAUCUCCCUCCAUGUAAAUAGAAGAAACAGACAAAUGAAGCUCUGCAGAGAUUUCUGCCCUGCUCCAGUUUAUUCUUUAUUCCUCCACUGGCAAUUGUUUGCACUUGCUAAGAAAUCGCCUAAAUUAAUAUAGUGUAACACUGAGAGAUCCCAGUCAGUGGCAGGCAGGAUUGAGCCUGGGACCUCUAGAGCUUAAUACAUGAGUCAAAAGUCACCUGGGCCUUAGCUAAGGCUGUAGAGCAGACUCAUGAAUCUCUCUGUAACGUGGUCUUGGUGUCAUUAGAUGGGAGGUGUGUGGGUUACAUACUUCCCCUAGCUGAGGAAGCAUGUUCCGAGCUUCAGAGACUUCCCAGUUGAAA